AUGACCUCGUUGACACCGGAGCCAUCAGUGUCGCAGUGUCGCUGUGCCGCAGGCUUCGGCGAGUGGGACUUCAGAGGACAGCUGUUGCCCAAGGACACCUUUGCCCUGGGUGUGGUGGAUUUGAUCCCUGAGUCCUGGGGCACGAAAGGAGGCAAAAACUUCCUGCUCUUCGACCAGCGCGCAGGGCUGGCGGUGCAGCGCAUCCAGUUGGCACCCAAUGGAAAUUCGGAUCGACGCAUCAACAAGUACUCGCUGACGCUGUGGUUCCGCACACCCAUGCUGCCUUCCAAGGCCGACCGGAUGCUCCUCUUGGACCUGCCUCGUGGAGAGAUGGAAAGCGAAGAAGAGACGGCCACCGGGGGCACCUCCUCCGUCUUCGUCUGGCGUGGCGGUGUAGUGGCACCGGAAGGCUACCACGAACCCUCGCUGCAACGGAAGGAUGCGGACGCAUCGAGCCACCUGCGGCAGAUGAUGAAUGGCGAGUGGCGCUUGAAAUUCACCGCUGGUGAGUCUGGAGAGAUCCUUGGCUCCUGCUGUGGGAUCAUGGAGCCUGUGCCUGUACUGGUAGUACUACACAAUGAGUUUGCUUUCCAGAUGCCGUGCUCGUUCCUCAAUGUUGAGAUGCUUGAGUGGUCACAGCCACAAGUGCUCGCAAGAGGUCUUGCUGAUGCUGACGGCCACCUUCGCUUGACCACGGACCCUACAUUCUCGACAGAGCAGGGCUUGCAUGAUCUGUCUCGAAUAGGUGUUUGGGCAUCCGCCGCUCUUGCAACUGCAAUCUUGUGGGCACAGAAGCCUGAGGCACCUGUCAAAUGCACUGCAUUCGAUGACUUCAGCAAUACCGACCACAUGCCCCUGGUGUUCGAUUGCCCAUGGCCAGAGUGCAGAACCCGAAAUGCUCAUCCGGGACAUCGCCAUGACUUGUACUACGAAGGGCGCGUGGUCUGGUGUCAGCAGUGCAACAAGAGAUGCCGAAUCUACAGGCCCUGCGAUCGUCGAGUUCAUGGCAUCUUGCGUCGCGGUGCAACCGGGCUUGCGACUGUGGGUGCCCUAGUUUGUCCUCCCUUGGCCCUAUAUGCGGGAGUUACUGGCAGUGUCUACACGGGAGCCAUGGCGGCCAUAGAAGAUAGACCAGGGGAAUUUUUCAGGAGUUGUGCCAAUACAAUCUCUCUUGGACUAGUGCAGAAUGGAAGUCAAGUUGCAUCUGCCGUUGCUCAUACAAUGAACGCAGCCCAAGCAAUCCAUGGUUUGAUUGAAGCCUCUCAGGAACAAAGUUGGAUGGGAGUUUUGCUGUGUACUGUUUCCGUGAUGAAUUCCAUAGUUCAGUUUGCGCAGAGCUGUGACCAAGCAACCCUGCAAAAAACUGAGCAAGCUCUGGAAGUUGCCAGGAGACAGGUUAGUAACUUGGGCAGAGAAGUGCAACAAGGAGGCCCAAUUCAGCAUGGGGCCCAAAUUAACGGCAGACUCUUCAGGAAUCUGCGACAAGCUGCCACAGCCAGAGAUCAAAUUCAAGUCAUGUAUGCCAGCCAAAUGAUCUCACAUCGGGAACUUACGUGGCUGAGUACACAUAUGGACUUGGUGCAGAGUGUUAGCGAGGGCACUACUGAGACUUUUGAAGGCAUUCUUGUCACUCGUUGGACACGGGCAUCACGCGCAGUGCGUGCAGUCUUUGCAGCAGAGCAUUGGCCAAAGGGAGCACCUGGCACAGUGUAUGCGCCGCACUAA